GUCAGCGCUGACAGCGGCCGCUCUCCCGCCGACCACCACCUCCCCGGCGCCCUCAGCCUCCAGCUGCCCGGUGUGCCCGCUCAGCCUGGAGCCCCUAUGUACGACGACCUGUACAUCCAUGGAUUCGAGGACUCUGAGGUGGGUUCAGCUGAUUCCUACACAAGUCGUCCAUCGUUAGACUCCGACGUGUCACUGGAGGAGGAUCGGGAGGCUGCCCGCCGCGAGGUGGAGAGGCAGGCUCAAGAACAGCUCGACAGAGCAAGGCUCAAGCCAGUUGCUUUUGCUGUCAGGACCAAUGUCAGUUACUGUGGAGCUUUGGAUGAAGAAUGCCCAGUUCAGGGAACUGCUAUCAACUUUGAAGCCAAAGAUUUUCUACAUAUCAAAGAGAAAUACAACAAUGACUGGUGGAUCGGGAGGCUAGUAAAAGAGGGGGGAGACAUCGCCUUCAUUCCAAGCCCUCAGAGGCUAGAGGCCAUUCGACUGAAACAGGAGCAGAAAGCGAGGCGAUCUGGUGGUAACACUUCUGGUUUGGGAGACAUGGUCUCAAUAAAUCGGCGUUCGCCUCCCCCAUCAAUAGCCAAACAGAAGCAAAAACAGACAGAGCAUGUUGCACCAUAUGAUGUUGUUCCAUCGAUGCGCCCAGUGGUCCUUGUUGGCCCUUCUCUCAAAGGAUAUGAGGUAACUGACAUGAUGCAGAAAGCCCUCUUUGACUUCAUGAAGCACAGAUUUGAUGGCAGAAUCUCCAUUACUAGAGUUACAGCCGACUUGUCUCUAGCCAAGCGUUCUGUACUCAAUAAUCCAGGCAGGAGAGCCAUCAUUGAACGAUCAAGCACCCGCUCCAGCAUUGCUGAGGUACAAAGUGAAAUCGAGAGGAUAUUUGAGUUGGCCAAGACACUCCAACUAGUUAUCCUGGAUGCGGACACAAUCAACCAUCCUGCUCAAUUGAGCAAAACUUCCCUGGCUCCCAUCAUUGUGUAUGUCAAAGUUUCAUCACCUAAGGUGCUGCAAAGACUAAUAAAGUCCAGGGGGAAAUCUCAAAUUAAACACCUCAAUGUCCAGAUGCUGGCAGCUGACAAAUUGAUACAGUGCCCUCCGGAAAUGUUUGAUGUGAUUUUGGAUGAGAAUCAGCUGGAAGAUGCUUGCGAGCACCUUGCAGAGUACAUGGAAGUGUACUGGAGAGCCACGCAUCACCCACUGCACCCACACACUGGCCAAAAUCUCAUGACUCCUCCCACUGCCAUUCCUGGCCUACAGAACCAGCAAAUUCUUUCGGAUCGAGCCAGUGAGCACUCUCCAUUAGAGCGAGACAGCUUAAUGCAGUCAGAUGAGGCCAGUGAAACCUCCCGCAAAACCUGGACAGCCUCUUCCCAGAGGAGUUCCCGCCACAUGGAGGAUGAAUACUCUGAUGCCUACCAAGACCUGUAUCAGCCUCACAGACAUCACAACAGUGGACUGCACAACACUAAUGGCCAUGAUUCCCAGGAUCGUCUUCUGGAACGAGAUGCCGAGCAGAACCACAACGACAGGAACUGGCAGCGCAACCGUCCCUGGCCCAAGGACAGCUACUGAGCAGGGUUUCUCAGCACACACCCGUCAAAAACACAUCCACACACUAUUCCUGCAUGGCAGUGCAUGCCAUGAGGUACAGCCACUAAGUGUAAAUUCCAGGGUAGCAACAAGAGUCAAGAAUGCACUAUGGAGAAAAAGCAGCCUGCUCCUGAUCUGCCACUUGCUUGGUAUCUUCUGCCUGCUAAUCGUAAUGGCAGAAAGGCUGUUAGAAGUAGUUGCACAUCUGCAGGACCUAGCUGCCAUAUAAUGCUGAUAAAAAGAAGAGCCAAGACACAAAACAUGUUCUUGUGGAUUACAGGCAGAGGCAGUAGUAUGCUGUAAUCUGAGAAUCAAUCCUAAUAGCCACUAAAUCUGUUAAUAUUCCAGAUCUUAUCCUGAUGGCCUUAUUGCAUUCAUUUUAAAGUGUUUUCUAACCACUGUAGCACCUGUACCAGUUGCGUCCAAGUGUUUACAUGUAGAUGGCCGCAUACACGUUACAGUUUUUGUGAGUGCAGCCAAGAAUACUGAGAAAGCAACACAAGCUACGGUCUGUGGAGGCUGUCAGGGAUGCUGUGGGCCAUAAACAAGCCUUUAGGUGGUUACAUCCGGCUCACAGAUCACCCGCUUUACUCCUCUGACCUAUAGAAUUCAUAUAUCCAAAAAGUUUACAGAACAGGUCUUGCAAAAAUCUAUGUGGACACCCAGUGAGCCUGUGAAGAGAUGAGACUACCUCCUCUUCAUCCAGGCCAUUCUGAAAAAAUCAUGGGGCAACUUACUCGCCCGCAUUACAGGUUUACGCCAGGUAUUGUGUUGUAUUGCCAUAAAGUACUGCCCUUCAGGUAUAAUUGUGUCCCUCAGAUCUUGUUCACAACAGGUACUCUUCAACACAUAUUUUAUAUCUAGUAAAGCAAAUUAUUGAGUUUCUUAACCAGAUAGUUCUUUAACAAAAACUCAAGGUUAAUAUUUUCGAAGGAGGGGUGACUACAUUUAUAAAACACACAGCUUGCCUUAGAAGGAGCCUGAACUUUAAUGGGAGAUUGUAUACCAGAUGCCUUUGUGGCUGGUAAAUCAUCGAUAUAUGUCAGUCAGCCUGGGGGUACUAGCGAUGUCCGCCUGCGCUCUCAGUACUCUUUCAGGAAGGAAGCAAGCACCGACAUCCCGAGAAUUUGUAGGACCAUCCUAUAGGAAGUCACCAUUUACACACAAGGCUCUCAAUACUCUUUCAGGAAGGAAGGAAGGAAGCACCGACAUCUCGAGAAUUUGUAGGACCAUCCUACAGGAUGUCACCAUUUACAAACAAGGCCCCACAUACUAGUGUUUCCAGGAGUUCAGGAGUGAGCGGCCAAAGGCACAGUGUUACUGCGAUAGGUAUUGCAAUCCAUAACCAUGAGACUGAAGCUCUGGGCACUGUUCAUGUUUUACAUGUGUUCUAGACAAAAUAGGACCUGGUCAGAUUAAUAUAUGGAUUAAUAGGCAUUUAGAUAAAUGUAGAAGCCAGCGAUAGGCCUUACUAACAGGGUAUAAGUACAGAACUGUAGGGAUAGAAACAAAUAUUAAAUUGCUGUAUGGCACAUACGGUAGAUACUUGGUUUUCAGGGACUGUCCGGUACUAAAUUGUGGAUUGAGUGUCAGAGAUUGAUUAAGAUCCCUCUAUGGACAUGAGCGUCAGCUUAUUGGGUGCCAUUAUUUAGUUCAGUGCAGUGUAAAUUCAUUUUCCACCCAUGCAUAGAUUAUAUUACAUAAAUUCAUAUCAUUGCAGUGAUUUAACAAUAUUUAUUUGACACGCCAGAUAUGAGCAUUCCAAUGGGUCUGCAUACUAUUUGAUAAUCCUUCAAAACCUCCUUCUAAAAUAAUUUUGUAGCUCUUGCACUUUAUGACAAAAUGUGUGCACCUGAAGCACCAUGUGAGGACCAUCCUUAAUCUGCCAACUACUGAUCUCCUACCAUGCAAUCAUUUGGAGAUGUCUACAGUUACCACCUUCUUGGCCUGUUAUUUUUUUGCACAUCUGUAAAUAUCCUGAAGCACUUGCCUUGUUUUUACCAUUAUGCCGCUUGCAGUCUUCAGCCAUGUGUAAAAUAAAACCCAGUGGAAUCAUUAAUAGACCUACAGGCAGUUUGAGGGUUGUAUCCGGGCGUAAGGAAGUUAUUCUCCAGUACCAAAGCCCUAAAUUCAAAAACAGUCCUUUAUUUCAUACUUUUAAACAUUAUCAUGUUGUGAAUAAGAGGCUUUUGUUCAGGCUCAAAACACGUCAACGUCCCGGGAUAUUUUGUAAUUGUUAAAAGUAUUUAAUAAAGGCCUGUUUUUAAAUUUAAGAGCAUUGGUGCUGGAGAAUUACUUCCUUGAGCCUGGAUUCAAGUUAUCACCUGCAGGUGUGGCAUCCCUCUCUCUCAUGCACAGCUCAGAAUCGGAUUGCAACUAAGCUGUUAUAUGGUGCGGGUGAGCUGGAAUAUAUACCUUCUUUUUUCAUACUUUCUUUUCUAU